AUGUUCAAAUACUCGCUUGCAUGCCUGGCCCUCCUGGCAACCGGGUGUCUCUCAUCAACCACAACCACAACCACUAGCACGCCUGGCUACUCGCGGAACAUUACCUCGACCGUUACCGACCCCUCGUUCAGUUUCGGGCAACACUAUGCAGUGCUUAAUCUAGAUCUUAUCGAUGGAUUGGUGGCUAAUGUGAAUACCACCAAGGCCGGGCAGCUAUGGAUUGACAAUGUUGCGAAUUGGAUUGAUGCCGUGCACAAGCAGGACCCUCCUCCCUUGAGUAUCUUCACUCGCAUCUUCUUCUCCAACACUUACCGUCCUGAACUCGGCAACGCACCCUUCGCCAGCGCAGUGACUAGCCUCGGAAAUGCCACGGCAUCGAGUCCCGAUAGCCAGAUUUAUUCUGCUUUCAAGACCCUAGAUGAUUGGGAUGUGGUGCUGCAGAAAGCGCGGUAUUAUGCCGGUGCUGGGAAUCAGUUGGAGGAGAUCCUCAGUAGUCAAAAGAUUGAUACGGUGAUUCUGUCCGGCAUCCGUACUUCGGGAGUAGUGCUUAGCACCGCGCUUCGUCUGUUGGACAUGAACUAUAAUGUCUACGUUAUCUCGAACAAUACGAUCGAGACUCCCUCGACAUAUGCGCCCCUGAAUCAGAAGAUUAUCUUGGAGGGCAUACUCCCCGAAUUACCGGUCAAUGUAAUUACCAUCGAACAGGCCAUUGGGGCUCUCAACCGCUCCGGACCAGCUGUCUAUUAG